GCGCCUCUUCCUCUUCCUCCGCCCCCCUCCCCUACCUCUCCCUAGUGCGCAGGCGCCGGCCCAGUCCCCGCGAGAAGAUGAACUUGGAGCGGCUGCGGAAGCGCGUACGCCAGUACAUAGACCAGCAACAAUAUCAAAGUGCUCUAUUUUGGGCGGACAAAGUAGCCUCCUUGUCUCAUGAGGAACCACAAGACAUUUAUUGGUUGGCCCAGUGUCUUUACCUUACUGCUCAGUAUCACAGGGCAGCACAUGCCCUUCGCUCACGUAAGCUAGACAAGUUAUAUGAAGCCUGUCGAUACCUUGCUGCUAGGUGUCAUUAUGCUGCAAAGGAACACCAGCAAGCUCUUGAUAUUCUUGAUAUGGAAGAACCAAUUAACAAAAGAUUAUUUGAAAAAUACUUGAAAGAUGAAAGUGGCCUAAAAGAACCUUCUAAUGACUGGGAAAUGUCCCAAUCUUCAAUUAAAAGUUCUAUUUGCCUUUUGCGAGGAAAGAUCUAUGAUGCUCUAGAUAAUCGAACCUUAGCAACUUAUAGCUACAAAGAAGCCUUGAAGCUUGAUGUCUACUGCUUUGAAGCAUUUGAUCUUUUAACAUCACACCACAUGCUGACAGCACAAGAAGAAAAAGAGCUACUUGAAUCCCUACCUCUUGGCAAGCAAUGCACAGAAGAACAAGAAUUGCUGCGUUUUCUUUUUGAGAAUAAGUUAAAGAAAUAUAAUAAGCCUAGUGAAACUGUCAUUCCUGAAUCUGUAGAUGGUCUGCAGGACAAUCUGGAUGUGGUAGUAUCUUUGGCAGAAAGACAUUAUUAUAACUGUGAUUUUAAAAUGUGCUACAAGCUGACUUCAGUAGUAAUGGAAAAAGAUCCUUUCCAUGCAAAUUGUUUACCUGUCCAUAUAGGGACUCUUGUGGAACUGAAUAAAGCAAAUGAGCUUUUCUAUCUCUCUCAUAAAUUGGUGGAUUUAUACCCUAGUAAUCCUGUAUCUUGGUUUGCAGUAGGAUGUUAUUAUCUAAUGGUUGGACACAAAAAUGAACAUGCCAGAAGAUAUCUCAGCAAAGCGACAACACUUGAAAGAACCUAUGGUCCUGCAUGGAUAGCAUAUGGACAUUCAUUUGCAGUUGAGAGUGAGCAUGACCAAGCAAUGGCAGCUUACUUCACGGCAGCACAGCUGAUGAAAGGAUGUCACUUACCAAUGCUGUAUAUUGGAUUGGAAUAUGGUUUAACCAACAAUUCAAAAUUGGCUGAAAGAUUUUUCAGCCAAGCUCUAAGUAUUGCACCUGAAGAUCCUUUCGUUAUGCAUGAGGUUGGAGUGGUUGCAUUUCAAAAUGGCGACUGGAAAACAGCUGAAAAAUGGUUUCUUGAUGCAUUAGAAAAAAUUAAAGCCAUUGGAAAUGAGGUAACAGUUGACAAAUGGGAACCUUUGUUAAACAACUUGGGCCAUGUAUGCAGAAAGCUUAAAAAAUAUGAAGAAGCAUUAGAGUACCAUCGUCAAGCCUUAGUGUUGAUUCCCCAGAAUGCUUCCACCUAUUCUGCCAUAGGUUAUAUACAUAGCCUAAUGGGCAACUUUGAAAGUGCAGUUGAUUAUUUUCAUACGGCCCUUGGACUUAGAAGAGAUGAUACAUUUUCUGUUACCAUGCUUGGGCAUUGCAUUGAAAUGUACAUUGGUGACUCAGAAGCUUAUAUUGGUACAGAGAUCAAAGACAAGUUGAGGUGUUAUGACUUUGAUGUACAUACAAUGAAGACACUGAAAAACAUCAUUUCACCUCCAUGGGAUUUCAGGGAAUUUGAUGUAGAAAGACAGACUCUGGAAGAAACUGGGCUUAUACCAAUAGAAAUGUCACAUCAUUCAAGGAAGAAUACAGAUUCUAGGCCUCCAUUGGAAGAAACCUUUGAAAUUGAAAUGAAUGAAAGUGACAUGAUGUUAGAAACAUCCAUGUCGGACCAUAGUACAUGAUUCAGAGCCCGAUUGGAAUUUCAUUUUGUCUUAAUAUGUUAGUAUUUUGUCACAUCCUUGUCAUGUUUGAAGAAUUUGCUAUUUUUUUAUAUGAAUCCAAACUGCAUCUCUACAUCUAGCAGCGGAGAACUAAUGCCUGCCUUAAAAGACUGGAUAGCACACCUUCACAACAGAUGGUUUUCCAAUUUUACUGAUUCUAAAAAAAGUUACACAUUAUGGAAUAAAGAAGGUAAACCAUCUUAAGUUUUUUAAACUGUAAUGAGCUUUGACUGCUAUUAAAACUGUGAUAAAUACUAAGAAAUUAAUAUGAAAUUGUUUACAAUACAUAUCAAAAUUAAUUUAAAACAGCUAAAAGUUGUUAUAGUGUUAAGGCUACCAGACUUAUAGCCUAUCAGUGAAGCACAUUUUGUCAUUUUAAAAAAGCCAAAAGAAUUAUAGGGAAUCUUAGUGCAAAACUUGCAUUUUGUUCUUUAAAAUAAAUAACUUCAAAUUAA